UACGAUUUCGCUUACGAUAUUGCCAAGAGGAAAUUCCUUAGCCAGCGCGACUAGGGCCAAGCCUGCGAAGAUGGCGAGGCCCGUGUUCGCGCUGGUAGUUCUCGCAGCCUGUAUGUUCAGCGACUUUGCUUACGCGCGCGACGAAUGUUUUGGGCCGAUCGUUGAAGUCAAACUGCUGUCCACUUCGGGCAAUCCCAAGGCACCGAUUAUAGUGAAGUAUGGUGCGCUUGCGGGCUUUGGUUCGAACCUGUCCCAGCCUCUCACAUCAAUCCCAGUGAAUCUUGCGGAGCCGCUUGACGCUUGCGGUCCGAUUGCAUUGCCAACGGCAGCAGGCACGGCCCUCCUAGUCAUACGUGGCAACUGCUCCUUCACAGAGAAGGCUCGUGUCGUACAAUCCGCCGGCGCUGCUGCCAUGCUGUUGUACGACAACGAGCCCGGCUGCGUCGCCAUGGGCGCGGAGCCCAAUGCUACUGCCGGCAUUAACAUCGCUGCUGUUAGCGUGUCGUACGACACGGGCUUGGAGCUAACGACGGCGCUGCAACAGGCGGCAGCCAUCUCUGCCACCCUAGCCUCCACAGCCUCCUCGUCCGCCAACGGCAGUAGCAGUGGUAGUGGCGGUGGCAGCAGUAGCAUGACCAGUCCUGGCACCUCUACCGCCGCCUCCGCCACGUCAUUGGUGGUGUCGUUACGACGGUUGGACGUUCCGUUGGUGGAUGGCGGGGCGGUGCUGUUGUGGUUGUUGGCGGUUGGUACGGUGCUGUACGGCAGUUUGUGGAGCGGGGCGGACUACCUGGAGGCUCGGCGCGAGCA